CACCCACAGCGUCCCACCCUCUCCGUUAUUCCUUCUUCACUCCGCCCCCGGCCGGCUUCACGCCCGCCCCGCCUGCACUUCUUUCUUUUUCCACCGCCACUUCCAGCCCGCCUACCCGGCCUUCGGCUCGCUCUGGCCGGCUGCAGACCCUCGGACUCCCGGGACUCACUCAGCGGGACUGAGCGCUUGUUCAGGUGGACGGAACUUACCAGGCAGUCGCAUUGCAGCAUCUCUAUCCCCAUUUCCGGAACCCCACAUCAUAAUCUUCAGUUUGGAUGAAUUUGCGGUGUGAGGAGCGUUCAAGUUGCGGGUGAAAAUGUGACAGAGUGGCCGCUGCUUGGACACGAGAGAGCCGCCUGGUUAGCCUUCAUCCCGCGGCACCGUUAUUAGCUUUUUCCCCCGCCUGCACACAUCUGCUCUUCAUCAUUUCCCGAGGCAAUUUCCACGCGCGAAGGGCGGAAGAGGCCAAACAACAAGGAUGCUGUCCGAGCUGAGCCAGUGGUUCUGGCAGGAGCGGCUGUGGUUUCCGAAAGGCCUGGGUUGGGCCGACCUGGAGGAUCGGGAAGGACGAGUGUACGCCAAAGCGGGGGACCUGUGGGUGGCCCUGCCCAUUGCUCUUGUAUUUCUGAUCGUGCGUCAGAUCUUUGAAAGGACGGUGGCGAUGCCUCUGGCCUCUCUGCUGGGGGUGAAAGAAACGGAGCGGCUGCGGGCGCCUCCCAACCCCACGCUGGAAUCCUACUACUGUACUGUGACCAAAAACCCCACACAGGUUUCAGUGGUGAACCUUUGCAAGCAGACAGGCUGCUCGGAAAGACAAGUGCAGCGAUGGUUUAGAAGACGGAGGAAUCAGGACAGGCCCAGCUUGCUGAAGAAGUUUCGAGAGGCCAGUUGGAGAUUUACCUUUUACCUUCUUGCUUUCAUUGCUGGCCUGGCCGCCCUCAUCGAUAAACCAUGGCUGUAUGACCUGAAGGAAAUGUGGCAGGGCUUUCCUGUGCUGACUCUUCUACCAUCUCAGUAUUGGUACUACAUGAUAGAACUGGGCUUCUACGGCUCGCUGCUCUUCAGUGUGGCCUCCGACGUUAAACGCAAAGACUUCAAGGAGCAGAUUGUCCACCACGUUGCAACCAUCCUCCUCAUCAGCUUCUCCUGGUGCGUCAACUACAUCCGUGCUGGAACCCUCAUCAUGCUGGUGCACGACUCCUCCGAUUACCUCCUUGAGUCUGCAAAGAUGUUCAACUAUGCAGGCUGGAGGAACGCGUGUAAUUACAUCUUUAUCGUGUUUGCUGGCGUAUUCAUCGUCACUCGCCUCUUCAUCUUCCCUUUCCGGAUUAUCUACUGCACAUGGGUGUACCCCGUGACCGUCUACGAACCUUUCUUUGGGUACUACUUCUUCAACGGGCUGUUGAUGGUGCUGCAGUCGCUUCACAUCUUGUGGGCUGUUCUCAUCAUACGAAUAGCCGUCCGCUUCCUCACCAACAACGAGAAAGUGGAUGACGAGAGGAGCGAUAAGGACGAGACGGACGAGACGGACGAGGAAGAGGACGAAGAAGUGAGAAAGAGCCGUCAGAAAAACGGGCCGCUGCAGAACGGCCACGCGGUCCACAACAACAACCACAGCAAGGCGGAAUGACACGAAACGCGCUGGGGGGGGAGAACUCGUGAUCCUCGGCGGGGCCAGCGGCGCCCCGAGCGAGGGGAGGAAGAACGCUUGAUUGGCGGGAAGAAGAAGAAUGGCGGCGUUUUAGUCAUGCGUCGAAAGGUUAGCGCAGCGAGGAAAUGAGACAGUGUUACCUUUGCACAUCACACAACACAUUAGUUACACCGGCAUGACUCCGUUCUUGCUUCCGCGUUAUUGCCCGGGUGUCACCGACACUUCAGACAGGGAAGAACAUGGAGACGAGAGAGGCGCCUCGCUUCCUUCCUGUGUGCCUUAGAGCCAGACCCCUGGCUUUCCAAGAAAUGCCAUUUUAGACCCGAUGCUUUAAUUCUUUUUAAUCUGUCGCUUCGUGCUUGGCGUGGCGCUCCACGGGAGGCCAAGACCUUUUGAUUUCCUACAUUUUGUCUAUGCAACCACACGAGUGUUGAGCUAUUGCGAUGCCUUUGCACAACCCCGCACUUCCCGUUCUCGCUUUUUUUUUUUCACGGCACACUCCAACUUGUACCAGGUGUGAAGCGUUGGCGAUCUGGGGGCGACGUCGCUGCGUCACAGGACCUUUAAAGGGGAACUGCACUUCUGUAAAACGUUUUGAUGUCGUUCACAAUCCCGUUGUGAGACAAAAACACACAUCUUUCUCUUUUUUAUGCUUUCUAAAUCGUAAAAAAUCAUCUAGCAAGAGGCAGUUAACAAUUCAGGUAAUGAGUAUCCUUCUAAAAUAAGGAUUAUUAACUUUUUUUUACCUUGGGGCCUAAAUAUUAACACUGAAUUAGUAAUAUUACCCUUAAUUUAAAAAAAAAAAAUUUUAUAUAAAAAUUUGUCCUGUCCUGUCCCCUGAUUUUAAUCAUAUUCAAUAUGUAUAUCUAACCAACUUACAGUUUACAACUUUGUCAAAUGAUAUGAAAGUGUGUGUUAAUCACAAAUAUUAUCAAGGCUUAGGUCAGGCUGAGUACAAAAAUAAAUACUGAUAAUCAGAUAUACUGCAAAAGAAGAGACUCGUAAAAAAAAUUUCAAAUACAAUUAUGCAAAGCUAAAAUCAAUAUAUUCUACUAUUAAGGCUUAGGUCAAGCUGAGUACAAAAAUAAAUACUGAUAAUAAGAUAUACUGCAAAAGAAGGGACUCGUAAAACAUUUUUACAUACAAUUACGCAAAGCUAAAAUAAAUAAAUUCUACCUAAUAAUAAUAACUAUUGAUAAUAAAAUAUGUUUGUUGACUAAAUAGUCAAUAAAAUUAUAGUACAGCUUGACCACUUUAGUCAUAAUUUUUUGUGCUUAAGAAACUUCCAGACUUCUUCUGUUUGUUUGAUUUAGUCAUUUCUGCCCCAAGUGGAGGAAUAGCGUAUUACAGCUGAGAAAAAAAUAUGUUUUGGCGGCCCAACAAUGGGCCCUAUGGUUAAGAAACGCUGCUCUAAAAACCUCCAUCAACGUGUUAUAUACGUGGUGUAAGUAUUUAUGUAAUGUAGUAACAGGCACACUCAUGAUUAACGUGUAAUACUUACCAUAUUUCGGUCAUUUUAAGCAUAGCCAGAACUUCUUUUUGGCCUCAUUAAUUUCACAGACGUUCACUAUUCCCUUCAACAACGACACUACCAAUCAUGAAAGACAUUAUACGGGGCAACAACGACACUAUGAAGAAAUGAUGAUCCAGAAACAUAUAUCUACCUAAGUGCUAAACAAGAAAUACAAACUUGGAACGUAAUAAAAUAAGAUGUUGUCACUGGGAUGCUGGCUGAUGGGCACAAGACUUUUGAUCCCUGUUUGGACGAUGAAAUCAUCACAAUCCCCACUCCUCAGGUAAAAAAAAAAAAUGGUGGGAGCAAACGAGCAUAUUGAUGCUUCUUCCAAGCACCCGGCAGACGCAAGACAUUGAUACUAAGUUGAUUAUACGUACAUGUUUUUUAGAGCUGACUUUGAAACAACGUUGCAAAAGUAUUUGUAAAAUAAGACAACGUUGAUUUCCAAUGUUGGAUCCACGUUGUUGGUUGGGAAAUUACAAAAUUUCAAUGGUCAAAUCAACGUCACAUCUGACGUUGAAUAAACGUCAAAAAGCAUGUUGUUUCAACGUUGUAUUUGUGUUGUAGAAUAUUGGUUGGGAAAUUACCAAAAUUCAAUGGACAAAUCAACGUCAGAACCAUGACAUUGAUUAAAAAGCAUGUUGUAUCAACGUUAUUGUCAGGUUCAAACACUGAUGACAUCUAUUAAACAAGACAAGAAGCAAGGAAUUAAACAGACAGAAUUAAUUUUGGCUCAAUUGAGGAGAGACGUCUGGACUGUACUCUUUGUACAGUCUCACCACGCUCUGGCGAAAGAUUGUACGCCUCCUCUUUUAUUUAGACUUUCCCUGAUUACGUGGCAACAGCUGUUUCUAAGGGGCGGGGGUCGUAAACAGCCAUCGCCUUUGGUUACAGAACAGUUCAAAGAAAAGGUCGGUUCAAAGAAAAGGUCGUAAAACAUUUCAAAGAAGAAGUCCCUGUCGGGGAGUCAGGUCCUGCUUCCUCUUCGCUUUGUAGAUCUCGGGUCAAGACAAUAUCUUUCUGUUGAUUACAAUACAUCCAAGAAACAUAACACCUUCAUGUUGCUUCCCAUCCUACACAGUGGAGUUUUACAAGCAUUCUUCUUGGUAGGAUCAAAGACAGCUUUUGUCUUCUCGCCGGGCACUCAUGGCAACAUAAAGUUUUGUGAUAACUUAGAUACAAUUAUUCUGACUGUUUGAGUUGCUCAAUGUCAGGACCUCAUUCAAUGAGUUCUCAACGUUAUUUUAAUGUCUUGUGCCUGCUGGGUAAUAUCUUGGGGUCUAAGUUGGAUGUUCUGAUUGACCAACUUCUCAGCUUAUGUCCACAACCUUCUACUAUCCAGGAGAGAGGCACGAUUUAUAAUCAAGCACAAACGUUUGCCAACUCAGAGGCGAUGCAGCAGCUCAGCAUGUGUAUAGCUGCAGUAGCUACGUUUAACUCUGCCAUCAAGGCGCUGUGCUAAUAAAAGUAGUUCCUCGGCGUUAGCGCUUAUAAUACCAUUAUCUCUAUUACUUAGUCAAUAUUCAGGUCAUGAGAUAUACAGUAAAUGGAGUAUUGUUGGCAAUUAAUGUAUUUUUUGGCUUUAUGGGCGGAAUAGCUGAAUUCCAUUGUUAGCCUCCUCUUGCUAGUCCAUUUUUUACCAUUUAGAAUGUUUAAAAAAAGAGACAGACAUUGCACCAAAAAGUGCCGUUCCCCUUUAAAUGUGAAACGUGAGCAGUGGAAUCGCAGCUCCGUGCUUUUUGCCUGAAGAACCGGGUGUUGUUGACCACAAGAGCCUGCUUUCACACAUCGGCACUCCAACACUUUGUCAUUGUGUGAAUGCUGAAUUUGGACGGUGUUGCUACAGCAGGGGUGUCCGAAGUGUGGCCCGCAGCUCAUUUUUUAACUAUAAUACUAUUAAAAGUGGAAUAAAUGGUGAAAUAUAACAAGAACAAAUGUUGACACUAAUAACACAAAGCUGCCAUGCAGGGUGUUUUUUUCUUUAAAACGUGUCAUUACUCAAAAAUAAUAAUGAAUCAAAAUCAAUGCUGUUAUGAGUUAUUGACCUAUUCAAGGCUCCAAUUACGUCACAUCAAAUAUUCCACUUUGAAAUAUUUUUUGGGGGGGAAAUAAUGCAUAUUUUGUGCGUUGUGACAUUAAAAACUAAAUUUUCUUGAACAAAAAGGGCAUAAAACAAACAAAAAUACAUGAAAAAAAUAAUACAUAUUUAUAAUCGACAGAUAUAUCUGAAGUUGAUCUAGAGACAUAAACAUUAAAAGUAAAUUUUUAAAAAGACUUAUUCUGAACACUUUUAUUCUGGGGGCCUUUUUGGAUCACCAAUCAUUUUUAGUAGACUUUUUUUUAAAGUUCUUUUUAAAUGUCAUUGUUCAAAAAUAAAAAUAAUUAAAAUCAAUGAUUUUGUGAAUUAUUUACCUAUUUAAGGCUCAAAUUACUUUACAUCAAUUAUUCCACUUUCAAUCUUUUUUGGGGGAAAUAUUGCAUAUUUUUUGCAUUGUGACAUUAAAAACUAGAUUUUGUUGAACAAAAAGGGCAUAAAACAAACAAAAAUACAUGAAACAGAUAAUACAUAUUUAUAAUCGACAGAUAUAUCUGAAGUUAAUCUAGAGACUUAAACAUUAAAAGUACAUUUUUAAAAAUACUUAUUUUGAACACUUUUAUACUAUGGGCCUUUUUGAAUUUUUAGUGGGGCUUUUUAAAGUUGCUGUUAAAUCUCAUUGCUCAAAAAAUAACUAAAAUUGAUGGUUUUAUGAAUUAUUGACCUAUUUAAGGCUCAAAUUACUUCACAUCAAUUAUUCCAUUUUCAAUAUUUUUUGGGGGGGAAAUAUUGCAUAUUUUGUGCGUUGUGACAUUAAAAACUAGAUUUUGUUGAACAAAAAGGGCAUAAAACAAACAAAAAUACAUGAUAAAAUAAUACAAACUUAUAAUCGACAGAUAUAUCUGAAGUUGAUCUAGAGACUUAAACAUUAACAGUACAUUUUCAAAAAGUUUUAUUUUGAACACUUUUAUUCUGGUGGCCUUUUUGAAUUUUUACUGGGACUUUUUUAAGUUGUUGUUAAAUCUCAUUGCUCAAAAAAUAAUAAUUAAAAUCGAUGGUUUUAUGAAUUAUUGACCUAUUUAAGGCUCCAAUUACUUCACACCAAAUAUUCCAUUUUGAAAUAUUUUUUGGGGGGGAGGGAAAUAUUGCAUAUUUUGUGCAUUGUGACAUUACAAACUAGAUUUUCUUGAACAAAAAGGGCAUAAAACAAACAAACAUACAUGAUAAAAUAAUAAAAAAUUAUAAUCGACAGAUAUAUCUGAAGUUGAUCUAGAGACUUAAACAUUAAAGUACAUUUUUAAAAAUACUUAUUUUCAACACUUAUUCUGGGGGGCCUUUUUGAAUUUUUAGUGGGACUUCUUUAAAGUUAUUUUUAAAUCUCAUUGCUCAAAAAAUAAUAAUUAAAAUCAAUAAUUUUGGGAAUUAUUGACCUAUUUAAGUCUCAAAUUACGUCACAUCAAUUAUUCCACUUUCAAUAUUUUUGUAGGGGAAAUAUUGCAUAUUUUGUUUUUGGCAUAAAAACAGGGUUUUGACAAAAAAGGUCAUAAAAAAACGAUAACUGUAUAUCGACAGAUGGACCUGAAGUUGAUGUCAAGAUUAAAAAUAAUAUAUGACUUAUUUUUAAAAUGUUUAUGACUGAGACCCGUUUGGGUCCCCGGUACCAAACUUGAGGGCAGCCCUAAAGGUUAAAACAAAAUCUAUAUUGGUUUUGAAAAUGACAAAUCAAAACGGCCGCCACAUGUUUUGAUUUGUCAAUGUGGAUAAAGUCUGGACACCCCUGUUCUACACUAAUUGCAUUCUUCAGUUUGCCCGUGCCUUGUCACACAGAACCCUGAGAAGUGGCGUACAGGUUUAUCUCGCCUACCCCGAUCCCGUCGUCGGGUACAUCACAACGUCCGCACCGGCUGGCUCGGGUGAAAAACUUCCUGACGUUUUACCGUACGAGCCCCUUUUACGUGAGUUGGCUUUUUUCCUACGUGUUGGUGCUGUUCACACAGAAAAGGCUUAGGUUAAAACAGUCAACUAUUGUCAAUUAUUAUCAUCAGUUAUUUUCUGUCACGGGAGAAGAAAACAGCUCGCCACCACGACUAUGAACAGUAUCAGUUGUCUACAACUUUGUUAUAAGUACGCCUCUGCGUAACAUUAUGUUCGUAUUAACAUUCAAGAAAAGUAAAUAUAGAUCGACUUACAACAAAAAAUAACUUCAUCAACAUUGUUUUCGUCUGUAACAGAAAAUAAUAAAAGUGCAUCAAUUUGCUUGAAAUAAAAAAAUAUAUAUUUUUAACAACUUGAGCUAUUUCACAAUAACUAAUAAUAAAGAAUAUAUAGAAAAUAAUUGAAAAGGAGCAUGUAAGGUCAACAUAAAUUGCGUGAUUAAUCGGUGUACGGUGGAACCUCCAUUUACGAACUUAAUAGGUCGUUGGACAGGGUUCUAAAAAUAGAAAAGUUUGUAUAUGAAAGCAAAAUAUCUCCAUAAGAAACAUUGUAAAUUGGUUCCGGCCUCGACAAAAGCCAAUGUUUUUGUGAAGGUUUGCACACUCUGAACAAAAAACAUAAAGUGCUAUACAGUACUGUGUAUCAAACAAACAUAACACAUAGUUAUCUUUUUAUUAACAAGACAAAGCAACAAGCUGCUGUCCUCUGUAUGCGCUGCUUUGCCGACACGCACAAGUCACUUUGGUGCCCUCACAAACGAUCAGAAAUCACACAAAUCCUUAACUUUAACAACCGUAUUGCUACAAUCAACAUUUAAAAAAAGAAAAAAAUCCCUUAUAUUACCAUCGGCACAAGAGCUGAAGUGUGUGUGUGUGUGUGUGUGUGUGUGUGUGUGUGUGUGUGUGUGUGUGUGUGUGUGUGUGUGUGUGUGUGUGUGUGUGUGUGUGUGUGUGUGUGUGUGUGUGUGUGUGUGUGUGUGUGCGUGCUCUUGAAGGUCACGGGCGAUAGCUCCUCUCUGCCACAGUAAAAUAAAUCUGCUUUGGCAUAUUUUUCCAGAAAAGGUCCGGUCUCAUCACAAAUAAAACUUUCUUUGGUACGAAGCCUGCUUUGUCGAUUCUUCGCACCAUUAAUGUACUCCUCGCAAAUAUAUAUAUAUGUAUAUAUGUAUAUAUAUAUAUAUAUAUAUAUUUAUAUGUAUUUUUUUAACUCCACAGAGAUUCCCUGUUCGUAAAUCAAGGUUCCACUGUAAUUCCGGACUAUAAUCCGCUAUCUUUUUUCGUACGCUUUAAACCCUGCGGCUUAUAAGACUGAGCGGCUAAUUUAUGGAUUGUUUUUGGCCGGCGGCCAUAAUAAAAUGUAUUUUAUAAAAAAAUGUUUUUAAAAACACAGAGUGUCUUUGUACUAUGGCGCCAUCUUUUGGGCGAGUUAGCUCACUGCAGGUGCUGCGGUGCCCUUCCCUUUAGCGUUCCUACUCGUAUGGAUUCUUCAUUCAUCGACAAUAUAACUAAAACUGUUCAUACUCACUAAAGCGUUCCGUAUGUGAUGUCUGUAGGAGCGUUUCCGUGCAUAUUUGUACGUGCUAUCGUAAUGUAAUCAAGCCAGCGGCGUUGGCAUUAGCUAAUAUGCUAACACGUUUACAAGUGUCUGUGUUAGUAUUUUUAACUUACAAUGGCAUUCUUUUUGUAUUGUUUCAGUUUGGUGAACUCACCAAAACGUUUUUUUUUUACUGUAAAAUCUGACUUUGGACAUCCCUGGUUUAGCUGAUUGGAGAGCUCGGUCCCGCAGCGAGCGGGUCAUGACGAUGACUUCUGUUUUGUUUGUUCAGCCGUUUUACUGCCUUAAACAAUUAAGGUAUGUAGGUAAACAUUUAGUGUGUGAAUAACUAAUUUCACAAUGUACAGUCGUGGUCAAAAGUUUGUAAGAACGUAAUGUCAUGGCUGUCUUGAGUUUCCAAUCAUUUCCACAACUCUUAUUUUUUUGUGAUAGAGUGAUUGGAGCACAUACUUGUUGGUCACAAAAAACAGUCAUGAAGUUUGGUUCUUUUAUGAAUUUAUUAUGGGUCUACUGAAAAUGUGAGCAAAUGUGCUGGGUCAAAAGUAUACAUACAGCAAUGUUAAUAUUUGCUUACAUGUCUCUUGGCAAGUUUCACUGCAAUAAGGCACUUUUGGUAGCCAUCCACAAGCUACUGGUUGAAUUUUUGACCACUCCUCUUGACAAAAUUGGUGCAGUUCAGCUAAAUUUGUUGGUUUUCUGACAUGGACUUGUUUCUUCAGCAUUGUCCACACAUUUAAGUCAGGACUUUGGGAAGGCCAUUCUAAAAUCUUAAUUCUAGCCUGGUUUUUGUGACCAACAAGUAUGUGCUCCAAUCACUCUAUCACAAAAAAAUAAGAAUUGUAGAAAUGAUUGGAAACUCACGACAGCCAUGCAUGACAUUAUGUUCUUUACAAGUGUAUGUAAACUUUUGACCACGACUGUAUGUAUCUGCGGCUUACAGUCCGGUGCGGCUUAUAUGUGCAAAAAAAUGUGUUCUUCUAAAAUGUAUUUCUAUCGUCUUAAAAAUACGAUACAAUAAUCAUCUCAUGUAAAAACGUAUUAUUAUUAAUUUAGAAAGCCCUACAAAAUACCUGAUUGGGUGUGUCACAUUUACGACAAUGUUCCACUUCCUGGGUUCUGUGUGAAAUGCACGGACUGUCACUUUGGACACCCCGACAUUGAACGCCUGCGUUGCGUCUCCGAUACUACCUCAGAAGCUGGGAACAUCCCAGGUUCACUUUGGGACGUUGCUGUGUCAGAGCCGCCAAGGAAACGUUUCCGACGUUAACACCCAAUUCCGUGUGGCGUGCAAAGCGCCAACUAUGCCAGGCCUGUGUGGCGGCCCGGGGCACGUCACGCCAAACAAAGAGGAGGCGGCCUUUGAGGACGGCGUUUUACUGGACCGGGAGUAUUCCCAACACCAGCGAACUAUGCGAGUAGCAAGAAGCUAAUGGAUGGACUUGUUCAUGCUUCUUUCACUUUCUUUUCUCUUCUCCGUCAAGUGCCUUAUUUGUCAUGUGUGGGACAUUUCCUGUCCUCUCUGCAUGUCCUCUUCUUCUUCUCUGUCUCCGCCUCUCUCACUAACAUCAAUACGCUCGUCCUCCCUCGUCACUCGCGCUCCUCCUCCUCAUAUUCCACUGCCACCUUCUUCUUUUUCUUUACUCCUGUUAUUUUGGAUUAUUUUUUUGUACUAACCUUGACCAAGCAACCAGCAAGCUUCCUUUCCUCUUCCCCAGCGAUGCAGAUGCCAACAGCUGUGUGCUGGUUACAGUGUUAUUCUUCUUUCCUUCCAUGGCACCCAAAUAUUGUUAUUAAUAAUAAAAAGCAAAGAUCAU